ACAAUGCACCGGAAGUAAACAGACAGCGCUAGCAGCAUUAGCUAGGUGCAUGUUAGCAGUUAGCUGGAAGACGGUAGUGUGGUCGUGUCUCGGGUAAAUAUUCAGGUAGUGGACGGAGCAGUGAUGUCUUCGGUUCAGUAUUUGAGAGAGUUCAUCAGCGAGCGACUAACAGCUGCUGCUGAGGAGAUAUUCAUGGUCUUUGGAAAAACCAUCGUCCAGUACGAAGAAGAGGUGGAUCGUCAGCGCAGACUGCUGGAGACCGUUUUGAAACCUGAAAUAAAGCUGCACAGGAUCGAGCUCCCACAGCAGCAUGCCUGUAAGGAGGAGGAGGUUCUCACUGACCAGCAGCUCUGUCCCCAGGAGAGGAGCUCCAGUCUGAACCAAGAGGAACCAGAACCUCCACAGAUUAAAGAGGAACAGGAGGAAAUGUGCACAAGUCAGGAGGGAGAGCAGCUUGUACUGAAGCAGGAGACUGAAACCUGCAUCUUGACUCCUCAUGGUGAGGAAAGUGACCACAGAGAACCAGAGGGAGAGCACCAGCUCCUCUCUCACAACUCUCCUGUAGCUGAGAGCCAAGAUCAGAACAGAAGAAAACAUAUGGAUUCAGAAUCAACAGGAAAUGAAGAAUCAAAUCCACAGAAGAGUUUUCAUGAAAACAGGAGUCACAGUAGCAAUGUGGACAACUCUCCCAAAUCAGAGAUUAACUCUUAUACUCAAACAGGUAAAAAGUCUUUUAAAUGUGACACUUGUAGAAAAACGUAUGUGUGCAAGUAUAAACUGAAGAUUCAUCUGAGAACACACACAGGUGGAAAACCUUAUUUAUGCAAAAUAUGUCAGAAAGGAUUUGUCAGGAGUGGUAAUUUGAAAGUCCACAUGAGACUUCACACUGGUGAGAAGCCAUAUUCUUGCCAAACAUGUGGGAAAAGGUUUGGACGUUUUGAUGAAUUGAAAGUUCACAUUAGAACUCACACUGGUGAGAAGCCAUAUUCUUGUCAAACAUGUACAAAACGUUUUGUAAGGAAAUGUAAUUUGAAAGUCCACAUGAAAAUUCACACUGGUGAGAAGCCAUUAACCUGUGAAAUAUGUCAUAAAGGUUUUGUAAGGAGUUGGGAUUUGAAAAUGCACCUGAGAACUCACACAGUUGAUAAGCCAUUUUCGUGCAAAAUAUGUCAGAGAAAUUUUGUAAGAAGUAGCAAAUUGAUAAUCCAUAUGAGGGUUCACACUGGUGAGAAGCCAUAUUCUUGCAAAACAUGUGGGAAAAGUUUUGGACGUAGUGAUCAUUUGAAAGUCCACAUUAGAACUCACAUUUGAGAAGUCACAAUCUUGCGAAACAAUUAUGAAUUGUUUUGGAAGUAGUGGGAUCUUGAAAGUCCAGAUGAUGCCUCACAUGUCAGAAGCCGUACACCUGCAUUAUCUGUGGGAGAGGUAUAGAGUUAAUACACAAUGGAAUUUGUACAUAAGCACAACUCAUGUAGUAGCUCUAGUGGCUCUAUGAAAUGUGCCACAUAAUAAACUUGUAUUUUUCUAACUAGAA